UCCUUCUCCAGGGGAUCUUCCUGACCCCAGGAUCAAACCCUCGUCUCCUGCAUUGGCAGGCAGGUUCUUUACCCCUGAGCCAGUGGGACAGUGGAAAGUUAAAUGGAAUCGGAGACAGACCUUGGUUGAACGGAUGGUUGAGACAUUCAGCAUUCCUGGUCCCUGGGUCUUACAUCUAAUCACACCUCCAAUCACCGUAUCAAACUCCCAAACACCCCCGUCAAUUCCAAAACAUCUCCUAGGGGAGAUCACAGUCUGAUAGCGGCCCCUGCACACUGAGCUGGCCUCCUCUGGGACCCUCACUCCAUUCUAGCCACCCCUUCCCCCUUGCUGUCCCCAAACUUCAUGCCUUCAGAGCUUGUGUUCCUUUUCCUGGAAGAUUGUUCCGUGUGGUCUCAGCUUCCAGGCCCCCUCUCCCAGUCCAGGCUAUCUAUUAAUAGUUGACUCUUUAUGGUCUAUUGAUUCUCAUUUGCUGGCUGUUCCCCUAUUGGACUGCUUGUUCAUGACACAGGCACAAAGUAGUUGUGGUCGCUGCUGAGUUUUUAGAGCCCAGUAUAAGGGGCCUCAAUGAUUUAUGUGUUGAGUGAUCAAGGGGACCAACUGGGAACCACAGAUGGAGGAAAUAUUCCUGGAGGUGACAUGGGCAGGAGACAUGAAGGUCAGGAAGGAUCUGGGACAAUAUACCAGCCCAAAGGGGAAAGGUGGGCAUUCUAAGGGAGACUAUGCCAUACCAAGGUUCUCUGCUGCUUCUCAGAUCAACUCCCAGUGUCAUUCUCUGGGGGCAGACCUGGGUGCAAAUCCCUACUCUGCAAUUUUCCUGCUGUGUGACCUUGAGUACUCUCCAUAACCUCUCUGAGCCUCAUAUCCUUCUCUAUAAAAUAGAAAUGAUGGUAUCCACCUCCUUGAGUGGUUACAAGGUUCAAAGAGAUCAUUUUUGUAAAACAUUGAACACUCUAGUGUGCACUUAGUAGAUAUUUGGUGAGUAAGUAGCUCCUAGUUCCAGAUGUGAUAAAAAAUGAAAUUUUAACCCCAAAUAGGUAGGAAGAGCAUUUAGCUUUGGAGUCACAUGGCCUUGAGUUAAAGCCCCAGCUCUGUCACAUACCUGUUAUGUGACUCUGGACCACUGAAUUUUCCUCUCUGAGCUUUAGUGACUUGUCAAUAAAAUGGGAUCAUAAGUGUGUUACCCGCCUGGCAUUGCUGUGAAAAUGAGAUCAGAUUGUGAAUGUAACUGUGCAGCACAGUGUCUGGCUCCUCGUAAGGGGUUAUGUUGUUAUGAUUAGGAAUGGCUCUGGGGUGUAAGGAGGGAGCAGGCCCCCAGCCCUGGAACAAGAAAGGAUGGGGGAGGGGGCAUUUGCAGACAUGAAGUUUUGUUGAAAGGACAGAAAAACUGAGGCCCAGGGAGACGGGUCUUUCCAGAGGUCAGAGAGCACCUUGCAGGCCCAGCAAGCACCAGAGACAACAGGAAAGACCCCCUUCCACAUCUCCAUGGGGAAUUAAAGUCAGAAGGGAUCAAAGGUGAGGAGUGGGCCCUUUAAAUCCUAAGCUCCACCUUUGCUUAGAAGGGUCUUUGGGACUAUAAAAGGGGGUGCAGUUCCUCUCCGCUCUUGAAAACCAUCAGCUGCUCCUGUCUGCGGGCCCCCAGCCCACUUCUCUCCAGCCACCUACCACCAACACUCCCCUGGGUGCCAUGCAGCUGCCACCCUUUGACAUGUGGAAGGACUACUUCAACCUGAGCCAGGUGGUGCUGGCACUGAUCCAGAGUCGGGGGCAAGGGUUGGAGACCCAAGGGACUGGGGAGCCGAGACCCGGGCCCCAUGUGGAGCAGGAUCAGGGGCAGGGCGGACGCGGGGUCGGCGGGGGCCUGGCCACCCUGUGCAACUUUUGCAAACACAAUGGAGAGUCUCGCAACGUGUACUCCUCACACCAGCUGAAGACCCCGGAGGGCGUGGUGGUAUGUCCCAUCCUGCGGCAUUACAUAUGUCCCCUGUGCGGGGCCACCGGGGACCAGGCCCACACGCUCAAGUACUGCCCACUUAACGGAGGGCAGCAGUCUCUCUACCGCCGCAGUGGGCGCAACUCAGCCGGCCGCAAGGUCAAGCGCUGAAGACCGUCAGGUACCCACCCGCUGCAGCCCCAACCCUCCCUGGUUCAGCCCUCCCAAGCCCCUGGACUCUCCCCAUCUCUGGACUCGUUCGGCCCUUUGAAAUGUCUGACUCUCAGUACUCGAUUCCUGCUGGAUCCUGGAACAACGGACGCAGUGGGAAGCCAGGCCAUCUCCGCCGCCCCUUAGAACUCUCAGCUCUCCGGACUCUUGUCUGGGAGUGUCUGUGGAUUCUCCGGUGCAGCGGGAUCCCCUACGCCUUGGACCACACAGCCCUGUGGCUCCUCCUGGGCCACAGUCCAUGGAUCUUUAGUUCUUCUGGGACACUUGCCCUGCCUCUUUGACUUCUCAGCCCUCAGGGUCCCAUUCCUUGGGGAAUUCUUGGACCGUUGGGCUUGCAGGACUCCGCUGUGCUCUCCCAGGGACACCCCUGAGAAUCUGGAGAGAGUAAACAGGCUGGCGUAGACCUUCCAGCACAAGAACUUCAACAUGGGAUUCUGACUUAAAUCAGCCUUCUCCGCCUCCUUGGGGCCACCGGCAGACACACCGUUUCAUCGUGGAUGGCACCGGAUGGGUCCCGCCCUCAGCAUCGUAUCCGUCAAGAGCUGGGGGAAGGAGGGGUCACGUCAGAGGGGCACCACGUCUUCGCAAGCUUGUCUGGGGCUGGAGAGCCUUGGGGUGAGCCAGUACCCUUGAACUCCCCCCCCCCCUCGUUGUUCUUCCCAUCGUUCAUUCCGUUUUACUGCGCUCCUGCCCCCACGGUGAUGGCAAAUCACCGAUGGGUCUUUUCCGUAGCGAGAGGGCGUCUCUCCGCCACCUCCCACCCGCCCCCACAAAUGCCCACAGUUUGUAAAAUGGCCCUUUCUGUCCUCCCCUGUUUUUUUCAACCUCCAACAGUUUAGUAAACGAAGCUCCCAAAGAAAAGGGGUUUUAAUGCCCGGAGGGGAAUGGCAACCGCCUAGAUUUUAUUUUAGGGGCAAAGAAAAGCCCCAGAUUUUUAAGUUGUUUGGUUUUUAGC